AUGGCCUUCUCCCUGUUACCCUGCUUUGACUCUACACUCUCAGCCCUACUUGAGGAAGAGCAAAACGUAUGUCCUGAUACCAAGCUCAUUCCCCCAAUCAAUGAGACACUUGCAACACUAGGAUACUAUCAAGCUGCUAAUGGAGAGGUCAGCAUAGAGCAAUUCGGCCAACCACGGCUUCCCCAGAGCAUAGAUGAACCCUUGCUGGCAAUGCAAAUGAGCAGCACUGCGCCUAUCUCGAUGCCAAACUUCCAUGCAGCACUGUUAUUUGAAAUCUCUUUGACCUCUAAACAGAACGGGGGUAACAAUCAAGACCUGGUAAAUGGAUGCAACGGAAGCCCGCCAACAUUACCUCCAACAGAGGUCUCAGGUUUAGAUGAUUCCACCUUCAAAGUUGUGCGUCUUUCAGCUGAACAGAGGAAGGAAAAGAUCCACAGGUACAUAAAGAAAAGGAACAAGAGGAAUUUCAGCAAAAAAAUAAAGUAUGCUUGCAGAAAAACUUUAGCAGACAGCAGGCCCCGUGUCCGUGGAAGGUUUGCAAAGAAUGAGGAACUUUGUGAAGCAACAAGAUCAAGCUCCCAAAAUUAUGAUGAGUAUGGACAGAUUGCGGGUGCACAUGGAGAAGACAUGCUUGACACGUCCGAUAUCCUCGCACAUUUGAGUGGAAUAAACAACUAUAGCUACAAGUAUCUUUAUACCAUUGAAUCAUGGAUAUGA